AAAUAACCUUUGCAUGUCGGUGGCUCGCGCUUGCACUAGAGCGGGUAACACCAGUCCCCUGAGUUUUUAUGCCCUGCACAGCUCCCUCUCGCGCGCGCUCUGAUCAGCAACGGCACUGAGUAAAGUGAGACCUUGCGCUGAAGCACUUCGGCAUCCGCAUCAGCAGCAACAGCAGCAUCAGCGUCAUUCUUGGAAGAUACGGCCUCGAUAAAAAAAAUCGGCAAGGAGCUUCACUGCCAAAUAGCGGUUUUGCUGUUUUGUUCGCUGUUCAAUAAUAGCCAUUCGUUGCUCUCUGUUUCUCCAAUACAUCAAAAAGAACGGGGCGCUGGCAGGAAUGAACAAUAUUUGUUCUGGUUUUCGUUUGAUGGGAAUACAAUCGGAUGGUGGAUUUGCACCUAUAACAACCGCCUCCCCAAGUGGCUGACUUUUUUUAAAUCAUCGUCGAGAUAGUCUUUCAAAAUUUAUCUGCGGAUCCCUCGUUGACUUUGGAUUGUAAUGUACUGCUGUGACUGUGCUGGUACGCUCUGGGGGGUGAAACGAUGGAUUGAGUUUGAGGGACAUUAGCACGCAGUGUUCUGUGGAUCAAAAAACCGGGAGAAAGCAGCUCAAUCGCAUAACUACAUCUGUGACACAACCUCCUUCUUCAAUACAUCGGUGUUAUUUUCUUAAUUCUGGAGGGUGCCCGUGGAAAACCGUAGGGACGCGCCAUUGAACGAAAACACUGGUACCUGCAUAGAAAGACGCUGCGAUUGAUCUUUCGCGGACCUGCCGCUUUAUCUUUCAUAUACUUUGUAUACAAUUUCCUUGGACCGGCUGUCCAUCUGAAACAAACGAUUUGCCAUGCCAGGGCAGUGAAAGGGUGGAUCUAUUUCCUUGUCCUGUACUGAUAGCAUGGCUCCAUCUCAGUGGAAAUGCAGAUCGGAGAUGCUCGUGGUGUCGGGAUGUCUGCUCUUGUUUAUCUGGGGAUUUCAACCUGUGUUGUCAAGGGGAUGCAAUUACAACGCCGGGCACAACCUGGACAACGCCUGGUAUUCGAAAGACGGCGAAGAUUUGCCCAUUAUGGUCCUGAUGCCCAUGAAUGAAUCAGCGCUUAUGAGCAGCAUCAGUCAAGGGAUCGACCCCGCAGUCAACCUUGCCAUUCAACACAUACGAGAAUCCAGGCUCUACCCCUUCUCCUUGAUCCCAAAAAUCUACGACACUGAGUGUGACAAUGCCAAAGGACUGAGGGCCUUCUUUGAUGCCAUAUGCUUUGGUCCAAAGCACUUAAUGAUCUUUGGAGGAGUGUGCCCGUCCGUAACUUCCAUCAUCGCCGAGUCACUGGAAGGGUGGAACCUCGUGCAGCUGUCCUUUGCGGCAACAACCCCUGUUCUGGCGGACAAAAAAAAGUAUCCCAACUUCUUCCGAACAGUCCCGUCAGACAACGCCGUCAACCCGGCGGUAGUGAAGUUCCUCAGCUACUACAACUGGAGCCGAGUGGGGACGCUGACCCAGGACGUGCAGAGGUUCUCUGAGGUGAGGAACGACCUGACCAACGAGCUGGAGAAAGCAGACAUUCAAAUCGCCGACACGGAGAGCUUCUCCAACGACCCCUGCAUCAAUGUGAAGAAGCUGAAGGAUAACGACGUGAGGAUAAUUAUCGGGCAGUUUGAUGAGAACCUGGCCUCAAAAGUCUUCUGCUGUGCCUACAACCUGAACAUGUUUGGCAGUAAGUACCAGUGGAUUAUCCCAGGCUGGUACCAGGGGAACUGGUGGGAGCAGGCUAACUCCACAAACUGCACCACAAGGAAGCUGCUGACGGCUAUGGAGGGCUACAUCAGUGUGGACUUUGAACCACUCAGUGCCAAGCAGACCAAGGGCAUCUCUGGGAGGACACCACAGGAGUAUGAGCGGGAGUAUAACAGACAGAGGCAGCAGAAAGGAGUGGAAUCCAGCAAGUUCCACGGAUUCGCUUACGAUGGCAUUUGGGUCAUAGCAAAGACACUGACCGGGGUCAGGGAGAAACUGCGAGAGAAAGAGAGAGAAAACGUCUUCCGGAACUUUACCGUCGACGACAAGGAGGUGGGGAAGAUGGUCUUGGACGCCAUGAAUGAGACCAACUUUUUCGGAGUGACGGGUCAAGUUAUGUUCCGGAAUGGAGAGAGAAUGGGGACGAUCAAAUUCACACAGUUUCAAGAGGGCCAGGAAGUGAAGGUGGGGGAAUACAAUGCCAUUGAGGACGCCCUGGAUCUCAUCAACAACACCAUCCGCUUUCAAGGAGUGGAGCCCCCCAAGGACCGGACGUUUGUGCGCUUGCAGCGGCGUCACAUCAACGUGCCCCUCUACAGCAUCCUGUCCACCAUUACCAUCCUGGGCAUGUUCAUGGCCGGCGCCUUCCUCUUCUUCAACAUCAAGAACCGCAACCACAGGUUAAUAAAGAUGUCCAGUCCAUAUAUGAACAACCUGAUUAUCCUCGGUGGAAUGCUGUCCUACGCCUCCAUCUUCCUGUUCGGCCUUGACGGGUCCUUCGUGUCGGACAAAGAGUUUGAAACCCUUUGCACCGUUCGCACUUGGAUUCUCAUUGUCGGAUACACCACUGCAUUUGGCGCAAUGUUUGCCAAGACAUGGAGGGUGCACGCCAUUUUCAAGAAUGUCAAGAUGAAGAAAAAGAUUAUCAAAGACCAGAAGCUGCUGAUAAUUGUGGGUGGCAUGCUGCUGAUUGAUCUGUGCAUCCUAAUUUGCUGGCAGAUCGUGGACCCGUUGAAGAGAACCGUGGAGGAGUACAGCCUAGAGGCAGAUCCGCAAGGACGGGACAUCGCCAUACGCCCCUUCCUGGAGCACUGCGAGAACACGCACAUGACCAUUUGGCUGGGCAUCGUCUAUGCCUACAAAGGGCUUCUCAUGCUGUUUGGGUGCUUCCUGGCCUGGGAGACGCGCAACGUUAGCAUCCCGGCGCUGAACGACAGCAAGUACAUCGGGAUGAGCGUCUACAACGUGGGGAUCAUGUGCAUCAUCGGGGCGGCCGUCUCCUUCCUCACCCGGGACCAGCCCAACGUGCAGUUCUGCAUCGUGGCCCUGGUCAUCAUCUUCUGCAGCACCAUCACCCUGUGCUUGGUGUUCGUGCCAAAAUUCAUAACCAUGAGGACAAAUCCCGAUGCAGCCACUCAGAACAGGAGGUUAAAGUUCACGCAGAACCAAAAGAAGGAGGACUCCAAGACGUCCACCUCAGUGACCAGCGUCAACCAGACUAACACGUCCCGGCUGGACGGCCUGCAGACCGACAACCAUCGACUGAGGAUGCGGAUAACGGAGCUUGACAAGGAGCUGGAGGAAGUAACCAUGCAGCUUCAGGACACCCCAGAGAAGACGCCCUACAUCAAGCAAAACCACUACCAGGACCUCAACAACAUCCUCAGCAUACGCAACUUUACGGACGGAAAAGAGGGAGAAAAAUCUAUCUUGAAAAACCACUUGGAGCAGAAACCCCAGGCGCAGUGGGGCUCGGUGGACCCGUCCAGGAUAAACAGGGGUCCCCUGGAGGACAUUAACUCACCAGAACACAUACAGCGCAGACUGUCCUUACAGCUGCCCAUUUUGCACCACGCCUACCUGCCCUCCAUAGGGGGGGUGGACGCCAGCUGCGCCAGUCCCACAGCCAGCCCCGGCUCCAGCCCCCGGCACAGACACAUGCCCCCGUCCUACCGGGUCAUGGUUUCCGGCCUGUGAGGAAGGAAGGAAGACGCCCAGGACACACCCGAGCCCUUUUUAAAAAAAAAAACAAAAAAAAAAAAACAAAAACAAGGACUGCGGUCGUAGGCAGCACAACAGGACAAUCCCAAACGCUCUCAUCGCACGCCCCUCCGUCAGACAGGGACUGACCCGCGUGUCAGGUGAGGGGGGGAGGGGGGCCCGGCUCACUUGCAACCCUUCAACCCCAAACCCCCCCCCACCACCACCACCUCUCCCCAACACAAACAAACUGCAGAGGAUGGGCAGCAGUGGACCCAACGUGACCUGUAGCCUUAUCUGCUUCAAAUGGUUUUUUUUUUUGUUGUCGGUUUUUUUUUCUUUGUCGCAGACUUGAACGUUUGUGAACUCGUCAAAAAUGGAUGUUUCGCUGCAAGACCGCUGGAUUUUCACUAAGGACGCCAGAGGAGUUUCCGCAACCACCCUUAGGAUUCACAGAAGUAACCGUGGCAACCAUGUAAAUACCAUACUUUUUGACUUUGGGUAAGCUUUCGAGUAAGCUUUGAGUAAAGCUUUGAGUAUGCUACAAAAGGGACAUUUGGGAGGAGGUAAAAGUCACUCAAAAUCUUAAAGCAGACAUGAAAAAAAUGUAAAACAAAUUGGUUUGUGUGAUAUUACUUUGCAUUUUUUAGUGUCUUCAGUGGUGUGGAAAGUGUUGGCUCAUGGCGUGUGAGUGUAAUUUUAGAUUAUUGCCGUUAAAUAGCAAAGUCGACUGACUCCAGGGGCCAAUUCUUUAACAGGUAGGGUAAUAUGCACAGCUGAUAUUCUCCACUGAAUUUGCACCGUUCACGUCCUUAAAAAAUGUCAUUUUUUCUUUACAAUCAUUUGCUCAUGUGACAUAUCAGUUUGCAAAAUGGUGAAAACUUACUGGCUGUUUUUGGAAACCUGCAAAGUAUCGAAAUUUUCCAGAACUGACUAUUCUUGUUAUUUUUAAAGCUGUACUUGCCAAGAAUGUAAAGAGUGUGGCAGCACAUAACCGAGUUGAGAGUCUUUCAGAUUUAAGACCAGAAGAAAGGCAAAUACAGCACAUUUCCUGCAAUAUGCUUGUUGCAUGUACACUGAAAAUUAAUCAGUUCAAAAUAGAGGGCCCAACAAAUAUUUCUCAGUUCAGGAAAAUUCUAGACCCCCAGCUUUAUUAAACUGCCAUGGAAAUGUCCUGAUAUGAAAAUUGCCAGCACUACUACGACCCUUAAACUCCAACCGUUCCCAAACAAGCAUGAUUUUUUUGUAAAAUUUCAAGAACAAAACAACAUGCAGGAAACAUUCAGGCCUAACAAACACUGAUGUCAGUAAAGAGGACUUUGAAAUGCACAGACUAAACUAAUUAUUCUUAAGCUGCUAGUGUGACAAGUUCUGUAACCAUUACUGAAGUUCAGAACCAGUCCACUAGUCAUCUAGGUGUUGAAAGCCCAUCCUCUGGGGAUUCUGUUGUUCACAUAGGAGUUCCUGUAUAUCCCAUUAUAGAUUGACUUCAAAAUCAGUUCAAUCGGUUGCUUCCAGCAUGGAAAAUUGUAGCACCAUGGGAUUUUAAAAAAAAUAGAAAAAACCAAGGAAACAUUUCAAGGGAACAUUUUCA